AUGUUUGCCUUGAAAAUCAGCAGUCAAAUCCCUACUUUUCAACAUGGGCUUGAACAACCACCACUAAACAAUCACCUCUCUUUCCCUUCCUCUCUCCCUCUCUAUCAUUCCCUCUCUCACUCUUUCCUCUCUUUUUCGCACACUCUCAAUCUCUCACUCUCUCUUUCCCUUUCUAUCUCUCUCUUUCCUCUCUCUUUCUCACAUUCUCUCUCUCAAUCUCUCUUUCACUCUCUCUUUCCUUUUCUAUCUCUCUCUUUCUCUCUCAUUCUCUCUCUUUCCUCUCUCUUUCUCACACUCUCAAUCUCUCACUCUCUCUUUCACUCUCUCUUUCCCUUUCUAUCUCUCUCUCUUUCUCUUUCACUCGCUCUCUUUCCUUUCUCUUUCUCACACUCUCAUUCUCUCACACUCUUUAUCUCUUUUACUCUCUCUCUUUCCUCUCUCUUUCUCACACUCUCCUUCUCUCUCACUCUCUCUUUCCCUUUCUAUCUCUCUCUCUCUCUCAUAGUAUGUUCUUCUGAUCUAUCUAUCUAUCUAUCUAUCUAUCUAUCUAACCUAUUAUCCUUUUAUAGUAUAGUCUGUCCGUCUCUCUCUCGCUCACACUACAUAUUAUUUUGCUUUUUCUUUCACGCUUUUAUCUAUCUAUCUAUCUAUCUAUCUUAUUUCUCCUUUUCUUUUAUAAGUAUUUUUUUUUCUUUUUCACGUUUUAUCUAUCUAUCUAUCUAUAUAUCUAUCUAUCUAUCUAUCUAUCUAUCAUAUUUCCCCUUUUCUUUUUAUAGUAUAUAUUUUCUUUUUUUUCUUUCACGUUCUAUCUAUCUAUCUAUCUAUCUAUCUAUCUAUCGUAACCCAUUUUCCCCUUUUUUAUUUAUAAGUAUUUUGCUUUUUUUAAAUGUUUUAUCUAUCUAUCUAUCUAUCUAUCUUUUACAUUCUGUUCAUAUCUAUCUAUCUAUCUUACUUUAUACUUGUCUCUUUGCUGUAUUAUGUUCGUAUAUAUCUAUCAAAUUUUGUUCAUAUCUAUCUAUCUAUCUAUCUUAUUUUCAUAUCCAACUAACUUUGUUCCUAUCUAAUUUUAUUCAUAUCUAUCUAUCUAUCUAUCUAUCUAAUUUUAUUCAUAUCUAUCUGACCUUAUUAAGAUCUAUCUAUCUAAAAUCUAUCUAUCUAUCUAUCUAUCUAAACUAUUUAAUUUUGUUCAUAUCUAUCUAUCUAUCUAUCUAUCUAUCUAUCUGUUUUACUGCCAUAUAA